AUGUCCACCUAUCCAAAAAGACCCAAAACAGAUAGCAAUGAUACGUUCAAAAGACCUCAUUCAUCGGUAGAAGACCUUGAAGCAUCCACUCAGAGCUUAAGCAACAUUCUCAACAUACUCGACACAACUAUCAAAAGCUUGGACAACGAAACUGCAGAGUUCUCGCGCCAGACUCAAUUAGCUUUAUUUGACAGACCAUAUGAACUUGUCACUGAAAACGACAUUUCAAUUGCGCAAACUGAAAUUGGUAAAACUAUUGAUGCGGAACUGGACAUUUUGAUACAAGACUCAGAGAAGGCGAUUGAGGACCUCGAGCUGGAAGAAGAACGACUCAUCGCCAAGAAAGCAGAGAAACAAAAUAACCUAGAUGAACUGACUCGAAUGAUCAAGAAUACAGAAACUGAAAAUGCAGCCAAAAAAUCAAAGUCGAAAUCAAGGCCAAAUCAAGCGCAUCCAUUCACGCCUCAACAAAUGCAGGAACUAAGAAAGUUGGAUAACGAAAGAGCAAGGCUAGAGCAACUGUUGGCUUAUGAGGAUAGGCGUUUAGCUGAAAAGACAGACAUACUGAUCGAGUUACAAAAGAGGAACCUGGAAACUGAAAAAAGACUCGAGUCUGAAAAGAACCCUACACCUGCUGAAAUCGGCGAGUAUGAGCAGGGUUUGUUGAAGCAGAUUGACGACUUUAAAAAGAAGAUUCAACAGAGAAAGGAAGAAAUGGCAGAGCGGAGACUGCAGGCAGAACAUGAACAACAAGCACAGGCAGAGGCAGAGGCGGAGGCAGAUCAAGAUCGAGGUCAACAAGAAACCAGCAAUGUGUCGCUUUCAGAGACCAUUGCCCGAUACAGAGAACUUUUCGACGUGAUAGAAAAACUACAAAAAGCGUCGAGUCGGCCAGACUUUCGAGCGUCUGAUGAAGCAGUAAAGGAAUGUGAAGCUGAAUUGGAGCAGUUUUACAAAGAUAUACAACAAGACAUGGCCAAACGGAAAGCAGAACAAUCCAAUCAAAUUGAAAGGUUGAAACGUCUCUUUCAAGUCAUUAUACCAGACCAAGCAUUUGCAAGAACAGCUGGCAGGAUUCUGGAGCUGCUGUAUGCCAGUGACGAUACCAAGCUACCACUUGGUGUAUUACAAGAGGAAUUCCCAGAAGCUAGCGAGAGUCGGCACAAUUUCAAAAAGGUGGUAUAUUGGUUAGUGAGCACCCACAUUGCUGAUUUUGAUGGAACGCAUAUCAUUUUAUUGUCAACAAGUUCAACUCAAUAA